AUGGAGAGUGGCACCCUCAGCCCUCAGCCUCCACAGUCUGACGCCCUGGAGGCUUUCCCCCAGAAGAGUCUGGAGCCUGGGGACAUCGCUGUCCUGGUUCUGUACUUCCUCUUUGUCCUGGCUGUUGGAUUAUGGUCCACGGUGAAGACCAAGAGGGACACAGUGAAGGGCUACUUCCUGGCUGGAGGCAACAUGGUGUGGUGGCCUGUGGGUGCAUCCUUGUUCGCCAGCAAUGUUGGAAGCGGACACUUCAUCGGCCUAGCAGGGUCCGGUGCUGCUGUGGGCAUUUCUGUUGCUGCCUAUGAGCUUAACGGCUUGUUUUCUGUGCUGAUGCUAGCCUGGAUCUUCCUUCCCAUCUACAUUGCUGGUCAGGUAACCACAAUGCCGGAAUACCUCAGGAGACGAUUCGGGGGCAGGAGGAUCUCCAUCACCCUGGCUGUGCUCUAUCUGUUCAUCUACAUCUUCACCAAGAUCUCGGUAGACAUGUAUGCAGGUGCCAUCUUCAUUCAGCAGUCCCUGCACCUGGAUCUGUACCUGGCCAUCGUGGGGCUCCUGGCAAUCACAGCUCUGUACACUGUUGCAGGUGGUCUGGCUGCUGUUAUCUACACAGAUGCUCUGCAGACUGGGAUCAUGCUCAUAGGGGCAUUCACCCUGAUGGGCUACAGCUUUGCAGCUGUCGGUGGGAUGGAAGGCCUGAAGGACCAGUACUUCUCAGCCCUGGCUAGUAACCGGAGUGAGAACAUCAGCUGUGGGCUGCCCCGAGAAGACGCCUUCCACAUCUUCAGAGACCCAGUGACCUCUGACCUCCCCUGGCCUGGGAUCCUGUUUGGAAUGUCCGUCCCGUCUCUCUGGUACUGGUGCACAGAUCAGGUGAUCGUUCAGCGGAGUCUGGCUGCCAAGAACCUGUCUCAUGCCAAAGGCGGCUCCCUGAUGGCUGCGUACCUGAAAGUGCUUCCCCUUUUCCUGAUGGUGUUCCCCGGUAUGGUCAGCAGGGUCCUCUUUCCAGAUCAAGUGGCCUGUGCUCAUCCUGACAUCUGCCAGCAGGUCUGUAGCAAUCCCUCUGGCUGCUCAGACAUCGCAUAUCCCAAACUUGUGCUGGAACUUUUACCCACAGGACUCCGUGGGCUCAUGAUGGCUGUGAUGGUGGCGGCUCUCAUGUCCUCCCUCACCUCCAUAUUUAACAGUGCCAGCACCAUCUUCACCAUGGACCUGUGGACCCACAUCCGGCCACGGGCAUCUGAAAGGGAACUCAUGAUUGUGGGCAGGGUGUUUGUGUUUGUGCUGGUGCUGGUCUCCAUCCUCUGGAUCCCUGUGGUGCAGGCCAGCCAGGGAGGCCAACUUUUCAUCUAUAUCCAAGCCAUCAGCUCUUACCUGCAGCCGCCGGUGGCUGUGGUCUUCAUUAUGGGAUGUUUCUGGAAGCGUACCAAUGAAAAGGGUGCCUUCUCAGGUCUGGUCUUGGGUCUGCUGUUAGGAUUGGUCAGGCUGGCCCUGGACUUUGUCUACGUGGAGCCUCGGUGUGACCAGCCCGAUGAGCGGCCAUCAGUGGUGAAGGACGUUCACUAUCUCUACUUCUCCAUGAUUCUGUCUUCUGCCACCCUCAUCACUGUGUUCACCGUGAGCUGCUUCACAGAGACGCCCUCCAGAGAGAUGGUCAGCCGCCUGACUUGGUUUACUCGUCAUGAGCCUGUGGUCCAGGACCCAGUGCCACCUGCAACCCCCCUGUCUCCGACCCUUCCUCAGAAUGGGACUACAGAGGCCACUAGCACCAGCAUCCAGCUGGAGACAGUUGAAGAGACUAAGAGCAAAGCCCAUAGCGACGAUGUGACCCCCAAGCAGUCCAAGGUGCUGAAGGCUAUCCUGUGGCUCUGUGGAAUGGCAAAGGACAAAGAAGAUCCCCCAAGCAAAGUGGAGCCUGUCAUAGCUUCCUUGGAGGAAAACCCCUUGGUGAAAACCCUGCUGGACGUCAACUGCCUGGUGUGCAUCAGCUGCGCCAUCUUCCUCUGGGGCUACUUUGCCUAA